AGUUUAGUACGCAUGCGUAAGGAGAAUCGGCAUGGUGUUAGUGUUGGUGAUUGGUGAUCUUCAUAUUCCUUACCGGUCGAAUGGUCUUCCAUCCAAAUUCAAAAAGCUUUUGGUGCCCGGUAAGAUCCAUCACAUUCUUUGUACGGGCAACUUGUGUACCAAGGAGUCGUUUGAUUAUCUGAAGACUUUGGCUAGUGAUGUGCACGUUGUGAAGGGAGAUUUUGAUGAGCAAUCAAGCUAUCCAGAGCAGAAGGUUGUAACAGUCGGUCAGUUUCGAAUUGGUGUCUGUCAUGGACACCAGAUUGUGCCUUGGGGAGAUAUGGAAAGUUUAGGAAUGCUUCAGAGGCAGUUAGAUGUGGACAUCCUCAUCUCUGGCCAUACACACAAGUUUGAAGCAUUUGAUCGUGAAGGCAAGUUCUACGUUAAUCCUGGCUCUGCAACUGGAGCAUAUAACGCCUUACAAGGAUCUGUAACUCCAUCGUUCGUUCUCAUGGAUAUUCAGUCUACAACAGUGGUGACAUACGUCUACCAGUUGAUAAAUGACGAUGUGAAAGUGGAGAGAAUAGAAUUCAAGAAACCAGCGUAGAAGUAAGUAGGACUACAGUAUGCUUCUGAUGUUGGUAUUGUUAGGUAGUUAUGAACUCUUGUUGAAUUUCUGCUGUGCCAUUGUACUUGUUGCUUUACAACAUUUAAUAGAUACACUGAUGAGAAAAUA